AUGGCGCCCCAUGCGGAGAUAAAUCCCCAAGACAUUACCGAAAGGGCGCGCAGAGAUCUGCUCCAACUGCUCGAAGGCGUUCCUGGCAAGAAGAAUCUUGUGAUUGAAAAGUCCCUCGCCGGUCCAAUUGGCUUGCUCGUCAAGUUCAGUACUUUGCAGGAGUAUGGAGUCGACAAGGUCUUCUACGUAGAGAACCGCAAUGUCGACGAUUCUCAACGCAACAUCGUCUUUCUUGCUAGAGGCGAGAAGCCAAAGGAUGUUCAACUCAUAGCUGAACAGAUUAGUCAAAUCCGUCAAGAAAGCAAAACCGAUCAUGAAUUCUCCGUCUUUUGGGUGCCCAGACGAACUCUCGUCAGUGACCGGAUUCUCGAAGAAAAUGGUGUACUGGGAGAAGUGACCAUUGGCGAAUGCCCCCUCUUCUUGAUCCCUCUGGAACCCGAUCUUCUGUCGCUUGAACUUGAAGAUGCUUUCAGUGAUCUGUAUCUGCGCAAAGAUCCCACAGCCAUUUUCCUUGCCGCCACAGCAUUGAUGAGACUGCAAAAGUCUACCGGUCUCUUCCCUCGCAUCCUAGGCAAGGGUGACAAUGCGAAGAAACUCGCCGAUCUGCUCAUCCGUAUGCGCUCGGAAGAGGAAGCCAGCGCAUCGUCUGCUACCUCGAAAUCACCAUCGACCUUUGGCUUGACGCCGAGUGCAGUCGUAGAGAAUGUCAUUAUCAUCGAUCGCGAGGUCGACUUCUUCACACCUCUCAUGACCCAACUAACAUACGAAGGUCUCAUCGACGAGGUUUUUGGCGUCCGUCACAAUCAGACCGAAGUAGACACAUCAAUCGUCGGAGCAGCACCUCAACAGCAGAAGCCCCAAGGAGCAGCAGGUGCAGCAGGAGGCUCUACGCAAGCAGCCACAAAACGCAAGAUCCAGCUUGACAGCUCCGACAAACUUUAUCCUCAACUCAGAGACUGUAACUUCGCCGUCGUAGGACCUCUACUGAACAGAACCGCACGUCGCCUCCAAGCCGACUACGAAUCCCGCCAUAAAGCAGAUCAAUCAAUCUCGGACCUCAAAACGUUCGUCGCAAAACUCCCUUCUUACCAAGCCGAGCAAGCCUCUCUCAAAAUCCACACCUCCAUGGCCGAGGAGAUCAUGAAGACUACCCGCAGCGAAAUCUUUGGUCGCGUCCUUGAGGUGCAGCAGAACUUUGCUGCAGGAGCCGAUCCCAGCAGCAUGAACGACAACCUUGAAGAGCUAAUCGCCAGAGAUAUCCCUCUAUCAACAAUCCUACGCUUGCUGUCUCUCGAAUCUUGCGUCGCCGGCGGCAUCCGCGCCCGCGACAUGGAGAAUCUAAAACGUCAAAUCAUGUACGCUUACGGUCACCAACACCUCCUCACCUUUGCCGCUCUGGAAAAGAUGGGCCUAGUGACCCUUCGCGCAUCCAAUACUGGCUAUCUCAAUCCCAUGAGCGGUAUCAACUCUGGAAACACCGAUUACAAUUCCAUCCGCAAAACGUUGAAACUCUUCGUUGACGAGGUCGACGAGCAAGAUCCCACAGAUAUCUCAUAUGUGUUUUCCGGCUAUGCGCCACUGAGUGUGAGAUUGGUGCAAUGUGUGUUGCAGAAACAACUCCUCGCUCGUCUUUCAAACCCUAGAUCUUCCUCUACGCCCAACGCCAAUGGGGGUGCUGGAAACGGUACACCUACUCCUCAAGCCACUGGAUGGAAAGGCUUUGAAGAUGUGUUGGCGAGGAUCAAAGGCGCUACUGUUGAUGAAGUGCAAAAGGGCUCGAAUGCAGAGGCUUCGCAGGCUAGACAGACACUCAGAGGUGGCAGUGGAAGUGGCAGGAAAACUACAAUCGUGUUUUUCCUGGGUGGAGUCACGUUUGCGGAGAUUGCGGCGUUGAGGUUUAUGGGUGAGCAGUUGGGGGAUAAGAAGAAGAUUGUUAUUGCGACUACGGGCAUUUUAUCUGGCGAUGCUGCUGUUGAGGCUGCCAUGGAGAAGAGGGCCUUUGGUCGUAUGUAA